AUGGAGGAAGGCGAAUCCAGCGAAAAGGAAAGCCAAAACCAAAGAAAGUAUGGUAAUCCACUCCUAGAGAAGUCGCCUCACGAGCAAGGGAUGAUAGUCAAGAUGCAAAACCAGAUCGAAGGAUUAAUGAAACAUGUUAAGGCACAAACCCCUGCCACGGUAGAGGAAUUGGUGCAAAACACAGAUUCACCUUUCACACCUGAAGUUAUGAGACGCCUUCUUCCAAGGAAGUUUAAGAUGCUCCAAUUGGAAACAUUCAAUGGUGCUACGGACCCGUUGGAUCAUCUUGAGACAUAUAAGUCCUUGAUGCACUUACAAGCAGUGCCAGAUGAGGUAAUGUGCCGGGCAUUCCCAGUUACCCUCAAGGGAAGUGCCCGAGCAUGGUUCAACAAACUCCCACCAGGAAGUAUACGUAGCUUCAAAGAGCUUAGCACAAGCUUUGUAAGUUACUUCAUUGCUGGUCAACGCUACGGGCAAUUCCUAUAUCUUGUGUCUCAAGAGCCGCCAAAAACCAUGGCAGAGCUCAUGCUCAGAGCUCAGAAGCACAUGAACGCGGAAGAGGCUGUCUAUGCAAGGCGUGCACGUGAUGGUUUCGAUCCCCAAGCAGGGCCAUCACAGAUUGGCGAAUUCUCCCUAACAGACAAAAGAAGGCGAGAAGCUGUCCGCAAAAUAGGGGGAGAACCUAGGAAUAAAAAGGUGGAUUCAAGAUUAUCCCCAAAAAGAGGAUCAACUGGAGGACCUCCCCAAGGAAAAUACAAACAGUUUACCUCGCUCAUAGCCACGGCAGAGCAAAUCCUCAGCAGUCUACAAGACGAUCCAGACCUCAAAGACCACGGACAUAAUAUAGAUGAUUGCAUUAACUUAAAACAACAGAUCGAGGAUUUAAUUCAAAAAGGGAGACUUCAGCGGUUCGUAACAAAGAAACACCAGAAGCAACCCAAAAAGGAAGACGCAAGCAAAGAGCGAAGGGACGGAGAUACACCCCGGUCCGGCCCCAUUGGAGAGAUCAAGGUCAUCCAUGGAGGAUUUUCCGGAGGUGGAGAGUCCAGCCAUGCAAGAAAGGCCCACCUAAGAAAACUGCGAACGGAGGAAUAUUUGGAGGUCAACACGAUUGAUCGCCCAAGCAAGAUCCAGAUAAAAGAGGAGAUACCCAUAAUUUUCUCAGAAGAAGACCUCAAAGGGAUCCAGAUUCCCCAUGAUGACCCCCUGGUCAUAACCAUUGUCAUAGCAAAUUACCUCACACGAAGAGUAUUGAUCGAUAGCGGAAGUUCAGCCGAUAUACUCUACCUUCAUACAUAUGACCAGUUAAAGGUCGGACGAGAAAGGCUAAGGCCUAUGGCAUCACCACUAGUUGGGUUUGCAGGUACACCUGUUUACCCAGCUGGUCAGAUAGCACUACCAAUUACUAUGGGAGAGGAGAAAAGUCAGAUUACACGUAUGAUUGAUUUCAUAGUAGUCGACUGUCCCUCAACAUAUAAUGCAGUCUUAGGAAGGACGACUUUAAACAAGAUUGGGGCAAUAAUCUCCACUUACCAUUUGAUGAUAAAAUUCUCAACAUCCGAAGGAGUGGCCUGUAUCAGAGGAGAUCAGAAAGCAGCACGGGAAUGCUAUGUUACUUCACUCAGGGGAGCUAACAUUACCUUGAAUAUAGAGAGUCUCGACACUCGAGAUGAAAAGAAACUUCAACAUGGAGAGCCCGUGGAAGAGCUUAUAGAAGAACUCCUGGAGCCACGGCAAUCAGGGAAGACAGUGAGGAUUGGAACAGGGUUGAGUACGAUCGCAAAAUCAGAGCUGCUGCAAUUCUUCAGAAAGAAUAAAGACAUUUUUGCGUGGUCCCAUGAAGAUAUCCCCGAAAUUGACCCAAGGGUCAUAUCUCACAAACUGAAUGUUGACCCCACUGUACGUCCCGUCAAGCAGAAGAAAAGAGCCAUUGCUCCGGAACGAAAUGAGGCGGCAGCUAAGGAGGUAGAUAAACUCAUUUAG